AUGUGCUAGAGGAGUGGCUUCAAGCAAGCAACCUGAUCUGACCCUGCUGUAGCUCAAGCAUUUAAAAUUUAACUGCAAAAGAUUAAGCAUUUUAAGGAGCAUGACUUCUACAAGACUCUUCAAUAACUCAUUAGCUGGAUUCUUAAAAGCUAGCAGAACCUUCACAAAAAGUGCAGGUAGUACAAGCCUUUUAACAAGUAGAAGCUACAGUUUAAACAAGAGCCGAGGACUACAGGAAAGGCUGAAUGCUGGAGAGAGCAUUCUCUGUGCUGAGGGAUAUCUCCUUGCUCUGAGUCGUCGAGGGUACAUCACACACGGGGUGUGGGUCCCUGAAUUCAUAUUAGAUGACCCUGCAGUACUGAAGAGCGUCCAUUACGAGAUGGCACAUGCUGGAUCUGAUGUCAUGGAAGCAUUCCAGUACUACACUCACAGAGAGAAGAUGAGAGAGAUAGGGAGGGAGGACGAUCUUGAGAAAAUUAACCGAAUCGCUUUGAAAAUUGCACGUGAAGUAGCAGAAGAGAAGAGCCUCCUUUUUGCCGGAGGGAUUUCGAAUACAAACAUUUACGUAAAGGGGGAGACAGAGGAGAGAGUGAGAGCCAUGUUUGAGGAGCAAGUUCGCUGGAGCAAAGAAGAAGGAGUUGACUACAUGAUUGGGGAAACAUUCUCUUUCCUUGGAGAAGCACAAAUCGCUUUAGAAGUAAUACAGAGUUUUGACCUACCUGCUGUAAUAACACUUACAGUCUAUACUACUAGAGGAGAGGAUGGAGUAGUAAGAACACGCGAUGGUGUCCCAAUAGGAGAAGCAUGCAAGGAUCUGAUAGAUAGAGGAGUAACAAUAACUGGAGUGAACUGCACCCGUGGGCCUGAAAUGACACUAGAGCUUGUCAACGAUAUCGUUCAAGUUUGUCCUCCCGAAAAGAUUGGAGCACUACCCAUUGCAUAUCGUACAACUUCUAAAGAACCUGGCUUCAUGGAUCUGACGGAUUCUAUCUGUCCUGCAAAUAAUCCAGUUUAUCCAAGGGGCAUGGAGCCAUUCUGUGUCUCACCGGCUGAAAUAGAAUCAUUCACAAAGUCCUGCACCAGUCUUGGUAUGAAGUACUUGGGUAUUUGCUGUGGGAACUCUGGGGAGCUCACCCGUACAAUGGCUGAGACUAUGGGUCGUAGGCCACCAGCUAGUCGGUACUUAGAUGAUACUCAGUUUGGGUUGCUAAAUAAGUUAAAAAUGAGUGGACAAUUAUAAACUAACAUUUUAAUAUAAAGUGUGUGUAUAAUAACUAGCGCAACAUACUUGCAAUUGUAAUCAAUGUGUAAAGUGUGAAGAUUUUUGACAAAGUGUUUUGCAGAA